AUGGAUAUCAAAAAGGCGACUUUAGAGUUGAAGGUUAUUCAUUCCAGUUUAAAGGCGAUAAGCACAUUUGCCAAGAACUUCAAUAGUGAAACAAACAAUCAAAGCCAAGUUAGAGUACGCUUAGAGGAGCUUCCAAGUAUUUCAGAAAAAUUUGAAGAAGUGCAGUCAGUAAAAGAAGAACUUGAUCAAAGGUCAGAUGACGUAGUAAUGGAUGAACGAGCAAAAUUUAGAGAGAGAUUUUAUGAAGUCAAGGCAUCAUUAUUACAUAUAUUGGAAGCUGAAGAAUCCAAAAAAUCAGAAGUGACCAGUCCAUCCUACAGCAUCACAUCCAGUCAUGUAAACAACAAUAUGAUGAAAUUACCACCUAUUGAACUCCCUAAGUUUAGUGGUGAUUGGAAAGAAUGGACAUCAUUCAUAGACUCGUUCAAUGUUUACUUCCACAACAACAAAGAUAUGGCACCGGUUCAUAAAUUGCAUUUUCUUAAGGCUUGUUUAGAAGGGCAGGCCAGUGACAUUGUCAAAUCUAUACCAACUACAAAUGAGAACUAUGGGCAGGCCUAUGAUGCAGUAACAGCAAGAUAUGAAAACAAAGGAGCAAUUAUUCAAUCACAUAUUAGAGCAUUAUUUGAUACUCCUAAAAUUUCAAUAGCUUCAGUAAUAGAGUUGCAAAGACUUUAUCAUCACAUUACUUCAAAUAUAAAUGCAUUACAGGCUUUAGGUCAACCGAUCGAAGCCUGGGACACUUGGUUAGUCACAUUAAUAUGCAACCGAAUGGAUAGAGUAACCGUCGGUGAAUGGCACGUUAAAUAUAACAAGAAAGACCUACCAGAGUUCAAAGAAAUAAAAGAAUUUUUAUUUAACCGUAUUGCUGCCUAUGAAGCAGGUGAAGUUAACGUUGGUGCAUCAUGUAUUAAACAGAAUGUGGUCAAGUCCAGUAAUAAAGCUCAAGAAAAAAAGGUUUUUUUUGUUAAACCUGCGAACAAGGUAACCACAUUGUACAAAUGUCCCUUUUGCAAUGAAACUCAUAGAUUAUAUCAAUGCAAAGGUUUUAAUGAUUUGAAAGUACCAGAUCGCCGAGAAUUUGUUUCAAAGAAUCGGUUAUGUUACAACUGUCUAUACUCUAAUCAUCAAGCACAAGACUGCAGGUUCCCAGGUUGUCCAAGAUGUGGUCAAAAACAUAAUUCAAAAUUGCAUUUGGUUCAAGCUCAUGAAAAUCAACAAACUAGUAGUGAAACGGAGCCCAUUGCAAGCACAAGUGCUCUAUGUUUUAGUAAGGGUAUAGCACAAUCAAUGCAUGCGUCAGGUGACAUGGUCAUGUUGGCCACAGCCGUGGUAUACAUUAAUGAUGCAGCUGGCUAUCCUCAACCCUGUAAAGCACUACUGGACUCAGGAUCACAAGUUAAUUUUAUAACUGACGCCUGUGCCCAAUUUCUUGGAAUGUCUAAAACAAAAUUUGUUCUACCAAUAGUUGGUAUCAACUCAAUGAGGUCAGAUGCACAGAGAUUGCAACCAGUUGUAAUGUAUUCCAGGUUUGAAAAUUUCAACGUUUCACUAGACCUUCAUGUACUUCCUUCAAUCGCCAAUGAUAUGCCAUCUCAAAUAAUACGUUUAGAUCAGUCAAAGAUUCCGGACAUUGUUAAUGAACAAUUGGCUGAUCCAAGCUAUGAUACACCAGGCACGAUAGAUAUACUACUUGGCGCAGAAAUGUUUUACACACUUUUCAGUGGAGAAAAAGUUGCCAUUACAAAUAGUUUAGUGUUUCACAAAACCACACUUGGAUGGGUUCUUACUGGAAGGGUAUUAAAUAGUGAAGUUAUACAGUCUAGGUUUUCUGCUUGUACUUGUGCUAAUGAUGCAACCAUAAACUCAGCGCUUUCACUAUUUAUCAGUAAAUCAAGUGUUCGUAAAGAUGAAGAAGAUGAAGCUGAACAGCAUUUUAAGAAGACACAUUACAGAGAUGAGUCAGGACGAUUAGUUGUUAGCCUCCCAUUAAAUACUAAGCUCAGUUCGCUUGGUGAAUCUAAACACAUGGCGCAACAACGAUUCUUUAACUUGGAAAAACGGUUAUCUAAAGACAGAGAACUAUGCAUAGCCUACCACAAGUUUAUGUCAGAGUACUUAGACAUGAACCACAUGGAACUGGUAACUAAUGAUGAUUCAAAUAGUCAAACAUAUUAUUUGCUUCACCAUGCUGUCAUCAAAGAAGACAGCAUCACCACAAAAUUAAGAGUUGUGUUCGAUGGAUCAGCUCCAUCAAGUUCCGGGCUAUCCCUUAAUGAUGUCAUGUUAAAGGGACCUAUAGUGCAAUCUUCCUUGUUCUCAAUACUGUUACGAUUCAGAGUACAUAAGAUAGCAUUAACCGCAGACGUUGAGAAGAUGUACCGUCAAAUACUAGUAACUCCAAAAGACUGUCAACUACAACGAAUUUGGUAUCGUCCAAGUCCCUCUGAACUGUUAAGGGAAUAUAACCUUCGGACAAUCACGUACGGUACAAAAUCAGCUCCCUAUUUAGCGACCCGUAGCCUGGUGGAAGUAGCUUUUUCAGCUCCAAAUGAAGCUGCUCAAAGAGCUAUAAAAGAUGAUUUCUAUGUAGACGACCUACUUACUGGUGCUGAAUCUUCAGACGAAUGUUUCCAGCUAUACAAAGAUGUUUCAGACACGUUGGCGUCUCGUUGUCUACCGUUAAGAAAAUGGUGUACAAGUUCUUCCGAAGUCCUGAGUAAAUUACCAAAUUCUGGGACCGAUCCUAAUCAUGUUUUACAAUUUAGUGAACAGGAUGCUGUCAGUACGUUAGGUAUAAUGUGGCAACCCAUAACAGAUUGUUUUUGCUUUACAUUAAAGCCAUGGAAUCCACCCAAAAAAAUGACUAAGCGCACAUUGCUUUCUGACAUUAAUAGGAUUUACGAUCCACUUGGUUUCCUAACACCAGUUCUUAUAACUGGAAAGAUCUUUGUUCAACAGUUAUGGGUGUUGAAGAUUGAUUGGGACACGACAUUACCCGACGAUAUGCAACAUCAGUGGAAAAACUUCUAUUUAUCUUUGUAUGCGUUGGAUAAAUUAGCCAUUCCACGUCGGCCAUUGUCAAGUAAUUGGUUAAACAUACAGCUUCAUGGAUUUUGUGACGCCUCACAGGAGGCGUACGGAGCAUGUGUUUACGCAAGAACACAGAAUUCAAAUGGAGAUGUUGAAACAGCUCUAUACGUUUCAAAAUCAAGGGUAGCACCACUUCAUGCGACCACUAUACCCCGGUUAGAACUCUGUGGUGCUGUACUACUCAGUGAUUUAACUACAGAAGUCAUUUCUGAAUUAAAAAAAUUGAAUAUAAGCCUACAUCAACGCGACGUUGUACUGUGGUCAGAUUCAACGGUUGUCAUCGCCUGGAUAAAUAGUACACAGCCACUUAAGUCAUAUGUAUCAAAUAGAAUUGCUCAAAUUUUAGACCACACUGAUAAAACACAAUGGAAUCAUGUGCCCACAGAUUGUAAUCCAGCUGAUCUUAUAACACGUGGACAAACAGUUAAUAAUUUACAACAGUGUUCAAUGUGGUGGAGUGGUCCACACUGGCUCUCAAAGCACCACACUUCAUGGCCUACACAUACUCAGCCAAUCUUAAAUGAGGUACCUGAAGUACGACCUGUUAAAUUGGUGCUUCAGGCAUCUGCCCAGCCAGUAGAUGAUUAUCUGCUCAGCAAGUUUUCUAAAUGGAACCAUAUGGUACGCGUUACAGCGUACAUGUUGCGUUUCAUAUCCAACGCAAAGGAAAGAAAGAACCAAACACCUAACUGUCAAACAGGUGUACUCACUGUAAAUGAAUUACAAAAUGCUAGGAAUGUGUGGCUUCGUUACGCCCAGCAUAAUGCAUUCAGAUCUGAAUUAAAUUCCUUGACAAAGUCCAGUUCUGUAGGUUCCAAUAGCCCACUGAAGAGGCUCAAUCCAUUCAUUGACACUGUUGGACUCAUACGUGUUGGUGGUAGAUUGGAUUAUCUUGUAGCAUCAGAAGAAAGAAGGCACCCUGUUGUACUUCCGCCGAAGGGUAAAAUUGUGAAAAUGAUAUUUGAACAAAUGCACUUGGAACUUCUACAUAUUGGGCCUCAGGGUCUACUUGCAAACAUCCAAUUGUUAUAUUGGCCUCUUCGUGGACGCAACUUGUCGCGAUCCACAUACCACAAUUGCAAUAUUUGUUUCCGUGCGAAACCUAGCAUGUUACACCCUAUGAUGGCACCUAUUCCGCGAAGCAGGAUAUCUGUUCAAAGAGCAUUCUCUCGUACAGGUGUUGACUUCUGCGGGCCAAUAUUUAUAAAAAGUGGAAUAAGGCGAGUCAAGUCCAUAAAAAGUUACAUUGCAGUGUUUGUAUGUUUCAGCACUCGUGCAGUACAUUUAGAGCUAGUUUCAGGGUUAUCAUCAGAUGCCUUUAUAGCAGCUCUAACCCGGUUCAUUGCGCGACGAGGUCCAUGUCUUCAUAUACACAGUGACAACGGAACCAAUUUCAUUGGCGCAAAUCGGGAGUUAUCCUCGUACUUCAAAGCAGAAUCUGGAAAGCAAACCGUAAUCGAAAACAUGACACAACGUGGAGUGACUUGGCAUUUCAAUCCACCAUCUGCACCACAUUUUGGCGGCAUCUGGGAAGCAACAGUCAAAUCAGCAAAGGCCCACUUAAUUAAGCUAACAAACAAUGUGCUACUGACAUUUGAAGAGACCACCACGUUGCUCUGCCGCAUUGAAGCCGUUUUAAACUCAAGACCAUUAACUCCGUUAGCAAAUGAUCCCUCAGACUACGAGGCCCUGACACCUGGGCACUUUCUUGUAGGAGGUCCCAUAAUAUUGCCGCCUGAGCCAGACUCAACCUCAAUACCUCAGAAUAAAUUGACUCGAUUUGCCCUUGUUCGUGCUCAAAUGCAACGGUUUUGGAAACGAUGGAGCCAAGAAUACCUGCCACAAAUCCAGAAAAGAAAUAAAUGGCUAAAACCCCAAAGAAAUCUAGUUGUGGGUGAUCUGGUUAUUGUAAAAGAGGAAAACUUACCUCCACUACAUUGGAAGUUAGGUCGUGUCUUGACUGUUCAUCCCGGAAAGGAUGAUGUGGUGCGUGCUGUCACCAUCCGAAUGGGAAACGGACAUGAAUAUAAACGUCCUGUAGCCAAGCUUGCCCUACUACCAACAGUCAAGGAUGAAGAGGAAGAAGAACAUAAACUACAACUACAAUCGUAG